AUGCCCGUUUGGAAUCUCAACGAGCAAACAGCAAUGUCGAUGAGGGCAGUCGUAUUCAAGGGCGUCGGCAGCAUCCAGGUCGAGGACCGCGCCAUCCCCACCAUCCAGGACCCCCGUGAUGCAAUCAUCAAGGUGACUGUGGCCGCUCUGUGCGGCAGCGAUCUCCACUGGUACCGCGGGCACCAAAAGAUCCCCGUGGGGUUUAUUCCAGGCCAUGAGUUUGCAGGGGUUCUUCAUGAGUUGGGAAAUCAGGUCACUGGGUUCAACGUGGGCGAUUCGGUCGUGGCGACGUUUACGACCCAAUGCGGUGAGUGCUUCUACUGUAAAAGACGCCAAACAAGCCGUUGCGUGAGAAGCUUCUUGUUCGGUAUGCUCAACUCCCACGGAUGGCUUAGUUCACCAACACUCACACGACCUUCAGGUAACAGCGCCGGCACCACGAGUAUUGACAGUGGUCAGGCCGAAUAUGUACGAGUGCCAUACGCAAGCUCAACUCUCGUCAAGAGGCCCAAAGAGAUCCCUGAGGACAUGCUCGUCCUUAUGGGAGACAUUUUCCCUACAGGGUACUUUGCCGCCUCGCGUUUCCUGAAGAACGUGCCACAAGAGGAGGCUAAAUCUUCAACCACGGUUGUUGUUGGAUGUGGCCCAGUCGGCAUCUGUGCCAUAGCAGCAGCGUCUAGGUGGUGUGACAAUAUCAUCGCCAUCGAUAUGGUCCUGGAGCGACUUGAGGAGGCGCGUCGCCUUGGGGCGAAGCCGAUUCUGCUGUCGGAUGAUCCCGUCUCAAAGGUCCUCGUAGCAACCGAUGGACGUGGUGCAGAUGUAGUUUUGGAGGUCGUCGGUAAUGCUGCUGCAAUGAAGCUAUGCGUUGAGUUGGUACGUCCCUUUGGCAGCAUCAGCAGCGUCGGGGUACAGACGGAGCAGCUUGCCUUUGACGGUCCGAGCCUAUACGCCAAGAACGUCACUAUCGCUUGGGGUCGGUGCCCUGUCCGCGGUAUCUUUGAAGAGGCACUCGCCUGUUUGAGCAAGGUUCAUGGUAAGCUGGCGUUUUUGUGCCAAUGUCGGAUGAAGUUGGAGGAGGCACCAGAGGCGUACGAGAUUUUCAGCGCUCGAAAGGUUCACAAGGUGUUGUUGAGUCCAUGA